AUGCACAAUGAAGAUGUUAUUGAUUCAUAUUCAAGACUUCGUGCUCUAAAAAAAAUGAAUAUUGAAAAUAUAUUUACACUACUUUGUCAUCGUGUUGAAUGUAAAACGAACCAUCAUAAACCGGCGGUGGUGGAAGAGUACCGGGUGGGAUACGAGCCGCACCUUCCUCCCUCUCUUUCUGAGUGUAGAACCCACAAUCCACUAAUCCAAACACCCAAGUUUAACAAUUAUUAUUCAAUUCCAAAAAGCACUUAUAAUGACAUAAUGAGAAAAGAAUUUUACCUAUAUAUAAAAUCCAGUGAUCUAACUACAAUUAGUUUCUCCUAUAUCAUCUUAAAAUUUAUGUCAAUCAAACUAGUUUCUGAAUGCACAAAAAUCUUAAUUGUACUGUCAGUCCUUGUGUUCUGGCAUUUUUUGAAGCUUCUUCAACACUUCUAUCUUAGGACUGGAGAGAAAAUAUUAGAUGGUUUGAGAAACAAUUGUAUCUAUGAAAUUAAGCAUUAA